CAAAAUAACUAAAAACCCGUGACUGAGAUCCUUUACGAUCCUUUAUGCGAAUUCAAUCUUAACUUCCUAAUGGGUUCUUGUCAUAUUUGACGUUCUGUUCCAUAAAAUCGAAUUUUUGAGCGCUUCAAAAUUAUCAUUCUAAAGGAAAAUGACAGUGAUCCAUUAAGCUGGACGGUUUUAUCACCAAUCGUUGAUUUGUUUUGUUUUGUUUUGUUUUUUUACAGGAGAUGCAAGAAGAUCAACAGAAGCAACUGAAAGACAUGAAAGAGAACAUUGGAUAUUAUCAGAAGAAAGCUCAGGAACUAGAGGCGUCAAAUAAUUUACUACGGCAACAACUGAUGGACACUGAAGAUCUUAAGAAUUCGCUUGAGCAACAAGUCGAAAACUACAAGAGAAGGCUGAAUAAUCAGGCCUCUUACGGGGAAGAGGAAGUCAAUCUUCUGCGUCAAGAAGUGAACAACCUGAAAGCCAGGCUACAAAGGGCUGGGACACCACGCCGGGAGAGUCCUGGAGUGGGGGCUGGGGCUGAAGAACAGAGAGCCGAUGUACUUCAGCUGCAACAGUUGUUAGAAGCUCAGGUCGCAGAGACAAAGCGACUUAACGACAUCCUGGAUACUGAGCAUGCGCUGUACAGUAACUUGGUGCAUGUGGUCCAGAAUGCACAGCAAGGAGGAGCCAGCCACGAAGCAAACAUCCAAGACGAGAUGCAGGCGCUGAAAUCUCUCCGCGCACAGCUUGAGGAAGGAAUCCGCUUAAACGACUCACUACGGGCUCAACUCCACGACAAACUAGCUUCCAGUAAAACGACGAGCCCACAUCCGGCAUCUCCUUAUGACGCUGCUUACCAGAGGGAAAUACAAGAACUCAAAUCGAGGCUUGAAGAUAGUGAACGCUGGAAUGCUUCAUUGCAGUCUCGGUUGAAUGAGCUACAGCCGCGGGUCAGUGGUGUUGGAGGUUCAAGUGGUCGAGACAGUGGAGACGGAGGGUCGGGUUCACCCUCAAAGGUUCAUAGACUGGAACAGCAAGUAGAAAAGUUAAAGGAACAACUGAAACAGAGCAGUCAGCUGAAUAUCAGGCUCAAGAACCAACUGGAUGAAGUGAACGCUUUAAAUAUGCAGACACUAGCGGACAAGGAUGACAUGAUAAGAGACUUGACUCGGCAAAUAGAGGAUCUACAAACACAGUUAGACAACACACAGCAAACAUUCAGCGAGCUCGAAAAAAGACUCACCGACGCCAACACAAAACUAGAAUUCUAUGCUUCAAGUUUAAAUGGCAGUCAUGAUGAGACACUUCUUGAGCGAGAACAGGAAUUGGAGAUGUUAAGACAAGAGCUUGAUGAGCUGCGUCGGCUCCAGUCACGUGAUGAGCGUAUCGGCUCAGAUAUGGCCGCGCAGACUUCACCGUCGAGGGACUGGGCUCGUGCGUCGAGUGAUAAAAUGAAGGACCUGGAGAGGAGAUUUGAAGAGAGUCUUCAAACGACUGAACAGUACAAGAACAUUUUGGACGAGAAAGAGAUGGAACUACAGCAGUUAAAGCUCAGGGAGGCGGCAAGGGCUAAGGAGAAUUCUGAAGCGAAAUCACGUGAAACGGCGGAAAUCCAGAGACUUCGUGACGAGUAUGAAUCGGGUAUAAAAACAAACAGAGAACUCAAAAGGCUUCUGGAAAGCGAACGAGAAAAAGGCCACGAGAGAUCAACAACACCUGAUGGAGUUUUGGAAUUACGACUGCAACUCGACGAAUCCUUACAGAGGAACGACGAGCUUCAACGACAACUGAACGAAAGUGCCCGAUCGGACGAAGAAGUGAUCCGACUCAGGCACGAACUUCAAAAUGCUACUCAGAUAAAUGAUUCGCUGGGAUCGCGAAUACGAGACUUGAACGAAUCUAUUUCCAAGAUGAAGGGUGUGAGAAACGAGGCAGUGAAGCUACAGAAAGAGCUGAAAGACGCACAGCGUUUGAAUAAAACGCUCACUGAUCAGCUCAAAGAGACAAGAAAAUCAGCGGAGGAAAUUGGGCGAGUACAGCGUGAGCUGAGAGAAGCGAAAAUGAUGAAUGAGCAACUCGGCAAACAACUCGCUGAACUUCUUAAUCACUCAGCAAAAAUGAAGAGUCAAAUUGAAAAAUUUCAGCAUGAACUCCAAGAAAAAGACAAAGUGAUCGAGACGUUACAGCUUAGACUACAGUCCAAAGCAGACAUGCACUCAGUAGCACUGUCUCCUUUUUCUUCUCCGUCCAAACGCUUUGUAGAAACACAGACUAGUCCACGCCAGGGACCACGUGCCUCUUCACCAGGAAGCGAGUCUUCCUCUGAAGCCACUGAGAAGCUUCACCAGAUAAACAGGAUGCUGCUGGGCGAGAAUCAGCUACUGAGGAGUAAACUAAAGGACACUGAAAAACUAAACGACACUCUAAGAAACGAGAACGAUAUGUUCUCAAAGAUACAGAGCCAGUCUUCUCAGACGCCAGCGGCAAGUCAGAAGCGGUCUACCAUGGACGAGCUGUUGGCCGGCUUCAUGGCUGAAAUGCGAGAAUUGCGCCUGCGCUUGGAAGAUAGUAUUCGCACUAAUGAUGCAUUGCGGGCGCAGCUGGAGAUGAGGUUGUCGGAGGGGACUGGUGAUAAGAGUGCUGGCAGUGUUCCUGAUGAGAUCAUUCUGAUUCGUGAGAAUGACACUCUGCGGACUGAACUGCUGGAGAAAGAUCGAGCCAACGAGAAACUGAAAAGAAUCAUUAGCGAAUUGAAACAAGAGCAAACCAGAGACAAAGAACAGAUUAACCUUGUCCGCCAACAACUGCUAGAGAGCAGCAAAGUAUCAGAAAACCUCAGAAAAGAGCUGAGUGUAUACGAAAAGCUCUAUAAACUAUCUCUUGAAGGCAGGAACAUGGAAGUACAGACAGAGGGUCAAAGCUACGGCAGUGAAGGACCUCGAAGUCCUAACAGCGAACUGCAACAUGACGCCAUGUCCAUGUUAUUGGCUGAAAUACGAAGCUUACGAGUCCAGCUCGAGAAAAGCAUUCAAACCAACAAUGCAUUGCGAGUUAAACUGGAGGAGCAACUCAGUCACGCACUCAGUUCAUCUUCCCAGUCCCCGCCAAGCAGAUCUCAAGUCACGGUCAUCCGUCAGCUCAACUUCUCAGAGGGGAGGGAUGGGGAUGAUGUUGGUUCUGUCAGCUCUGUGAGAGAUCUGGAAAAUGGUAGAAUACCUUCUGAAGGCCAACAAAUCGUGAAUCAGCUUGAAGAGAAGUUAAACUCGAUCAACAAAUUCGCGACUGAAGCCUACAAUAGCAUUAUAUCAAACGCUCAGGUGAUUUUUAAAUGUUAGUUUUCUUUAUGUUUGUGCCUUCUUAGCAUUGUAAUUCUCCCGUUGGUAGUGUAAAUGUUUAUAAGGAAUUUAUCUUGUAAGUACUGUAUUGCAAGUACGUUUGCGUUUGUGGUGCUUUUUUUUCCCUUAGUAUUUUUUUCUUUUUUGUAACCGAUUUGUGUUUAACAAAGUUCAUUAUUUCAAAUUUGCGAACUAGUAUCAGACAAGAAAAACGAACUUAUUCGGCGGUUCAUUUGUAUUUGUAACU